ACUGCUUUAAAUUCUUGCAAUAGUUAUUGUCCUAUGACUAGUCGCGAUGGACGGUCUCAAAGUGCUGCCUCUCAACAAGCUAAUAACGAAAGUAACAUAGAUGGCCAUGUUUUGAUUGACACUACGUCGCUCCAGCCUCAGCAGCCAUCAGCUCAAGCUGAUGAGAGAAGGGAAAAUGCUAAUUUGAGCUCGGAUAAUCGUACUGGAGGGAUGUCAAGGAAGGAUCCGUCAAACAUCUUACCAGGCUUCUCGUCGCCAAAAUAUAAAAUUUGUUUGGAAUGGAAAGAUAUUUUGCUGGAAAUUGACCAGAUAGUCAAAAAAUCAUUACUUCACCAUAGAAUGACGAAAAUGACUAUCUUAAAUCACGUUAGUGGGCUUGCCUUACCUGGUGAAUUUUGGGCGAUUAUGGGUCCUACUGGAUGCGGUAAGACGACAUUACUGAAUAUUCUUUCAGGGCGUAAAAAAUCUGGCGUUUCUGGUCAGGUACUUGUGAACGGAAAUCCCAGAGAUAGGAACUGGAAGCGCCAGAUUUCUUAUGUUCUUCAAGAUGACAUAUUGUUUCCUUAUUUUACCGUCUACGAGACGCUGCUAUUUCAAGCAAAUAUCCGUCUUGGAAAUGACAUUUCGACUGAAGAAAAAAAAAAAAAAGUGGAAGAAUUGAUUUUCUUGCUUAGACUUAGUAACGCCCACAAUACGGUUAUUGGAAACCAGUUCAUUAGAGGGAUAUCCGGUGGUGAACGCAAGCGAGUCAAUAUUGGUAUUCAGCUCUUGACGGAAUCCGGUAUGAUAUUCCUAGACGAGCCGACAUCAGGUCUGGACGCGACUUCUGCAUUUCACGUUAUCAAAAUAUUGAAAGGGCUUGUCAAUAAUGGAUAUACCGUAAUUACGACAAUCCACCAGCCCAGCAUUGAAAUAUUCGAAUUAUUUGACAAGCUACUCCUGAUGCUUGAUGGAAACGUUAUUUAUUCUGGACCAGCUAGUAAAUUGCACGAUUAUCUCGCCUCGAUUAGAAUAAACUGCCCGCCUACAAGAAAUCCUGCAGAUUAUGCCAUGGAAUUGAUCAUGAUAAACAGGGUACCAAGAGGCGUAAAAAAAAAUGCUAGAGAGUACUUUAUCGAAAACUGGAAUUUGCGCUCAAAGGACUUGGAAAGGCCAGAUUCCGAUAAAGAGGUCGUCGCAAGUAUGAAGGAUAAACCACUAAUCGGAAUCAAGUACCCACCUGGAUAUUUUAAUAUUUUCUUGUCUCUGGUUAGACGUUCUUUAUACAUGAGUAUUGGUGCAUAUCUUUUUCCAUUACCUAUUAUACAAACUCUCGUCAUUGCGAUUGUCUAUGGUCUGAUUUGGCUUCAGACUCCUCGUAAUGAAGCAAAUUUCCAAAAUCGAACGGGCGCACUCUUUUUCCUUCUCCUUUUUACUGGAGGAUUCAACCCUGUUCUCACCGCUCUCUAUUCGUUUCCUAUGGAACGACCAAUCAUUCUUCGAGAACGGUCGGAAGGUGCCUAUCCGAUUUCUGCCUAUCUCCUUGCCAAAACCCUCUCUGAAGCCCCUCUUGAACAAAUUUAUCCUCUGGCAUUUCUUCUGAUAACCUACUGGAUGGUCGGCUUCAACCCUCGUUUUACUAACUUUCUACUCAUCUGGGUCAUUCUAAUUUUUUUAACCUGGUCUUCUUCUGGACUUGGGCUCGCGAUCUCCUCCGUCAUCUAUAACAUCAAAGCGUCCACGACUAUGGCCAUCAUUGUCUUGCUCACGAUGAUUUUGACCUCUGGAUUUUAUGUGGCCUUCGAAUCCAUCAAAAAAUGGAUCAGCUGGCUCGGGUAUCUAUCCUACAUAAAAUACGCAUUCGACGGCGUAAUACUUGUAGAAAUAGGAGUUGAUGAGGUUGCUCAACAACAAACAGCCCCCAUCGACUUGUUCGUCAGAAAUUAUGGUGCAGUAUUAGGAAUUUUAAUCGGUUAUGCAAUUUUUUUUAGAGUUCUUGCCUACGUAUUCCUGAAGUUUUUUUUCAAAGCAAAAGAAUAAGAACUAUGGCAAGCUUUUCAUGUUGUGCAUUGACGGUUCCGCCCCUUGUUACAGUCAAAAUAGAGCCCAUUGUACUUAUCGUUUGAUCUUAUCAAUAAAAGAGUUUUAAAUACGAAAUGUUGUGUCUGCUCCAGCCCGACGAAAUACCUUGGCUCUGAUUGAGACCUUAGGAUUGUAUGCUAAACCCAAAUGUACCCAGAAUUAAAACCUGCUUUUAGUUCGAACAGACUGAUCUUGAGCUAGAUCUGACCGUUAAAACUAGUGGAUAUGGACAAUGCCUGACCCAUAUGCUUAAUUUUAUGUCUAUGUGUAAAA